CUCGGAAAUAAGGAAGCGAUCAGAACAGGGCUGGGCAGGAGCAGGAGAGGUCCCCGCAAGAGUCUCCUGAUCGCGUACGUGCCAGAAUGAGUUAUCCAGGAUAUCCCCCCGCAGGUGCAUACCCACCUUCUGCAGGUGGGUACCCGCCUUCUGCAGGUGGGUACCCGCCUUCUGCUCCAGGCAGUAAUCCAUGGGGAGCCUCCAGCUAUCCUCCUGCCAAUCCCCCUCCAAUUGGGUUAGAAAAUAUUGGAAACUAUGCGAAUCAAUUCAACCCAGAGUACAUGUCAGGCAUGGCUUCUAAUUUGUCGGGAACGUUUGGCGGGGCCAACGUGCCGCCGAGUAUGUACCCUCAGGCCCCAGGUGGUUAUCCUUCUGUUCCCCCGGGCGGCUUUGGACCUCCUCCACAAGGACAGCAAGCUUCCUUUGGAGGGUACCCACCAUCGGGGAUGCCAUCUUACCCAUCAUAUCCAGGCGGCCCCAUGCCACCACCAGGACAGCAGCCCCAGCCGGUGCCAUAUCCUGGGCAGCAACCCAUGCCAAGUUUCCCUCCUGGGGCCCCUGUCAAUCCUUCUGUGCCUUCAUAUCCAGGACCGGCAACACCUAUGAUUAAUCCUGGAGCAUCUGGACAUCGAGGCACAAUCCAUGAUGCCCCCUCGUUUGACCCCCUGAGGGAUGCCGAAGUGUUACGGAAAGCCAUGAAGGGAUUUGGCACUGAUGAGCAGGCAAUCAUAGACUGCCUUGGAAGUCGUUCAAAUAAGCAACGGCAACAGAUUAUACUCUCGUUCAAGACAGCCUAUGGAAAGGAUUUGAUCAAGGAUCUGAAAUCUGAGCUCUCCGGCAACUUUGAGAGGGCAAUCUUGGCCAUGAUGAAGACACCUAUCAUGUUUGAUGUUCAUGAAAUAAAAGAUGCCAUCAAGGGUGCUGGCACUGAUGAAGCAUGCCUGAUUGAGAUCCUGGCAUCUCGUAGCAAUGACCACAUUCGGGAAAUCAGUAGAGCCUACAAAACAGAAUUUAAGAAAACGCUGGAAGAAGCCAUUAGAAGUGACACAUCUGGACAUUUCCAGAGGCUUUUGAUUUCACUUGCUCAGGGAAACAGAGAUGAAAGUACCAAUGUGAACAUGUCACUUGUCCAAAGUGAUGCUCAGGCCUUGUACGCGGCAGGAGAGAAUCGACUUGGAACUGACGAGUCCAAGUUCAAUGCCAUUCUGUGUGCAAGAAGUAGAGCUCACCUCAGAGCAGUUUUCAGUGAAUACCAGCGAAUGUGUAACCGUGACAUUGAGAAGAGCAUAAGCAGAGAGAUGUCUGGAGAUCUUGAAUCUGGCAUGCUGGCAGUAGUUAAGUGUAUAAAAAGCACACCUGCUUUCUUUGCGGAGAGGCUGUACAAGGCCAUGAAGGGAGCAGGGACCAAAGAUCGUACUCUUAUUCGGAUCAUGGUGUCACGCAGUGAGGUUGAUCUGUUGGACAUACGUCAAGAAUACAAGAGAAUGUAUGGCAAAUCUCUCUACACAGACAUCACGGGUGACACUUCAGGAGACUACCGGAAAAUCUUGCUCAAACUCUGUGGUGGAAACGACUAGGAGAAGCCAACUAAGGGUUUGGGGGUUGUUCUUAUUUUUUUAAAAAUAAUGCUAGCUGGCAUUAUGUUAUCAUUUCACACGCUGUCAAAUCUGUUCCAAUACCGUGUCAUGUUUGGUGAAAAUUUCUUAUCUUCUUUCCUUUUUUUAGUUGUGCACAAAUGCAGAAAAAGUUGCAAUGAUAAAUGGCUGCUGCACUGGGUAGUUAUAGAUCAUGAAUAGUAUUUUUUUCCCAUUAUGGGGGAAAAAUCUAUAUGAAAAAUAUGUUGUAUGAAUAGCUUUUU